AUGGUUGUUAUGUGGUGGAAGUUGGAACACCAGGGAAAGGAGAUCAAUGAUUGUAGAGCUGAAGUCACUGCAUUAUAUCGUUCUGAAAGGAAUAUUGGAGCUGCUGAUGCUGAUCAAAUCCAAUCUCUGUCCUUGGAAAGAUACAAGGAAGAAAUUAUAUCAUUGCAGAUGGAAAUAGAAAGUUUAAAAUCCAAAACCACAAAAGCUCAUGAUUUUUCAGAGACCACCAAUUUUGAAAAAGAGUCUGUGCAAAUGGAAGAAAAGGUCAUUGUCGUCCAUGAAGAUAAAAGUGUAAUCCCACCAGUUGAUGUAGAAUCGAGAGUUGUGGAAAAGGAAGAAGAUCAGUCUCUGGCUGCUCAAAGUUUUCAUGAUAACACAGUUGAACCAAAGGAAGUUUCACAUGAGGUCUCUGUCGGUGUUUUAACUGAUGAUAGUAGUGUCUUGGAGAAUGGUGAUAGCGUCUCCAAACAAAAUGAUGAACCAUCAUUAACCAGCAGCCUACACCUAACGUCAGAGAAUCUUAGUCCUGAAAAUGUUUCCGAAAAAAGGGGCCUAGAGAUCAUUCAGAUCCUUGCUGAUGCUUUGCCGAAGAUUGUUCCUUAUGUUUUGAUCAACCAUCGGGAGGAGCUUCUUCCCCUAAUCAUGUAUGCGAUUGAACGCCAUCCAGAUAGCAGCACUCGGGAUUCCUUAACCCACACAUUGUUUAACCUAAUCAAACGCCCAGAUGAGCAGCAGAGAAGAAUUAUAAUGGAUGCAUGUGUUAACCCUGCUAAAAACGCAGGUGAGAUGAAAACAGAAACAGAAUUGCUUCCCCAGUGUUGGGAACAAAUAAAUCAUAUGUACAAGGAACGCAGGCUGCUAGUUGCUCAAUCAUGUGGAGAGCUUGCAGAGUUUGUCUGGCCUGAGAUUCGUGAUUCUCUCAUAUUGUCCAUUAUUCAACAACUUAUAGAAGAUUCUGCAACUGUUGUCCGGGAGGCAGCUGCACAUAAUCUUGCAUUGCCGCUUCCACUCUUCCAGACCAUGGACAAAUAUUUCAAGGUCAGCCUCACUAAUAUGCUUCAGAGUGGACAUGUUCAAUUGCCUGCAUUUGAGUGGCUACAUGUCGACUGCUUUCCUGCUUUAAUACAGCUCGCAUGCUUGUUACCUCAAAAAGAGGACAAUUUGCACAACCAAAUCACCAAGUUUCUAUUGGCUGUAUCAGAACUCAGCGAUUCUUAUUUAACACUCAUAAUGCUGCCUGUAUUCUUGUUAGCUGUUGGGGAAGAUGGAAUAACAUUUUUCCCAUCUGCAAUCCAUUCCGGAAUCAAAGGUUUGAGGCCAAGAACGACUGUGGCUAAGAGAUUGGCUACUAUGUGUGUCCUACCUCUUCUCUUGGCUGGUGUUUUGAGUGGUCCAAGUAAGCAUGAACAAUUGGUGGAGUAUCUGAGAAAAUUAUUAGUUCAAGGUGUUGCAAAUCAAUCUACGAAGUGCAAUGCUGAGAUUGUUGAUGCUGUUCGCUUCCUUUGCACAUUUGAUCACCACAGCGUGAUAUUUAAUUUACUCUUGGAAAUGGUUGUCAGCUCCAGCAUAGGUACGAAAAUAAAUGCCGCCAAUCUGUUGAAAGUCAUUGCUCCAUAUAUCGAUGCGAAAGUUGCAUCUACACAUAUAUUACCUGCCCUAGUUACUCUGGGCUCUGACCAAAACCUGAGAGUGAAGUAUGCAAGCAUAGAUGCCUUUGGAGCAGUGGCCCAACAUUUUAGAAAUGACAUGAUUGUUAAUAAGAUACGUGUUCAAAUGGAUGCUUUUCUUGAAGUUGGAUCUCAGGAAGCUGCCAUUGCUGUGGUUCGUGCAGUGGUGGUUGCUGUACCACAUACAACGGAGAGACUUAAAGGUUAUCUUUUGUCCAAGAUUUUUCAACCGACAGCCACUCCACCUUCAAGUGACUUGAUGCGCCGGCGUGAGAGAGCCAACGCAUUUUGUGAAUCAAUCCGUGCUCUGGAUGCAACAGAUAUUUCAGCAACUAGUGUUCGGGUCUUUCUUAUGCCUGCGAUACAGAACUUAUUUAGAGACCCUGAUGCGCUUGACCCUGCACACAAAGAAGCCUUUGAAAUUAUAAUGAAGGAGAGAUCUGGUGGAACUUUUGAUACUAUCAGUAAGGUGAUGGGGGCUGGGCUUGGAUCCUUCGCGAGUAGUUUCUUUGGUGAGGGUGGUCUACUGGGAAAGAAAGAAAGUCCCGAGCCACCACCAGAGCCAGUUGAGUCCCCGAAGGCUGCACCGUCACCACCUGCAGAAGACACUAGACUAAGGCGAAUCAUGCGGGGAAAUUUCACUGACAUGCUCAGGGGCAAAGCAAAGGGACCAGAGGAAACUCAGAACCAAUAAAAUUUGAUUCGUCUCUGCAAGGGGUGGCAAGAGUUUUACUUAGCGUCUCGCUUUCUCAGGUGAAGAUCAUCCAGUUAAUGCAAACUAGUUAUUCAUUUUUUGGUGUACUCGUAGAAAAAAAAGGGUUUCCAGAAAGAAAGAGCAAUAUUGUGCUGCAUUUUUGUGAUUCUGGU